AUGUCCAAUCUCACCCAGCUCAUCAAAAACACCAACAAAUACAAUAGCCUCUCCAUUGCGGACCACAAACUUGUUGUUAGAGAGGAGUUUGGCUGCAUCAAAAAGGCUGCACAGAAGAGAAAGAACAAGGCCAUUGAGAACUUCCUCACAGUCAACUUGAGGAAGGAUCUCCAGGAGCUCGGUGUCAAGCUUGAAGACUCCAAUGGGAACUAUACAGCACAGAUCAGGAUCUGUGUAACAAUCAUUCACUCAGGCCUCACAUCUGCCCUCAUUGUGGUCACCAGAGACUCUUCUGCAUCCAUGUUAUACUGUUACUACAAGGAAAAUGUCAUCCACUGCUACAAGGUCAAGGUUGUUAGCUGGGAGCACAAAGACUGGCAGAACCUGGGCAUACUUCAAAGGGGCAGGGUUGCCAUUGAGAGGCUUGCAGAUACUGUUCAGAAGGGGCAGUGUGGUUUCAUUGAAUUGAUGAUGAUGAGGUCAACGAGCCACACACAGAUUCUGUUGGAUGUGUCACUCACUCCCAACUGCAAUUUUAACCCCACAUUGCCAUGGACACCUCCUGACACCCCCAUUCUGGUUAUGACAUCCUCUUCCUUGUUUUCAGAGGAGAUGGCCACACUGUCCUUGCCUUUGGAAGAGGCAGCCACAUCCCCUGAUGCUAUGCCCGCCAAUGCCUUGGCUGCUCUUGCCCCUCAUUGUUGCCCAUUCAUGCUGUGUCCACAUCUGCUCCUGCUCUUUUCACUUCCCCAAAGCACCCAGCCAUGGCUUUGGUGGCACACUUGGAUGGCCCCUGGCCCAAAUGUUGUUGCCAGACCAAGAGGUUAA